AUGUCGGAAUAUUGCAAUAAUUGCUUUUGUUGUGGCUGUUAUUUAGUACCGCGAUAUAAACGAUUAGUUAAUAAUGUUUUUCCAGCAAAUCCACAACAUGGUCUUGAUAAAAAUAAUCUUGAACGAUUACGUUUUUAUGCUGUUCUUAAACCAGAAAAACUUGAUAAAUCAUUUCGUUAUAUGUCAGAAAAAGUGGCACGUUAUUUACGUCAUAGAAAUAAGCCAUAUGUCAUUCUUGGUAUUAAAGCUAUGAAUGAUACAAUGAAAUCAUGUUAUCAACAAUUGAAUACAUUUGUUGAUCAUUAUCUUGAUGCACUUCGUCUUGUACUUGAAGAAAAAAAUGAUUUAGAAUUAACUGAACAUGCUGUUUCUUCGUUCGAAUCAUUUUGUGAAAUUCGUGAAGAAGCACCAAACUAUCAACGAAAUUAUGAAUUUUUUGUUGAUCGUUUUACUGAACUUUGUCAUAAUAAUAGUGAUAAUAAUAAAACCAAGUUUCGAUGUCUUGGUCUUCGUGGUCAUCAUGCUCUUAUUCGAAAAACUGCUAAUGAUGAAUUACAAAAUGAUGUUUGGAAACAUAUGGAUAAAAUAGUUCCAUCAAUUGUAUUUAAUAUGGAAGUACGAGAUCAAGAUCGACAAUCUAAUCGUAUAACAUCAACAUCAUCACAAGAUAAUCUUGGUGUAACAACAGCACCUGAACAAAUUGAAUUAAUUGAACGUGGAUCAAAUACAACUAAUGAUAAUCCAGCUAUAUUAGCUGAAAUUGUUUUACGAGAUUUAUUUUGUCGUGCUCAUUUAAAUAAUAUAACUGCAUGCGUUCAACCAAUUCUUAUACAUUUAGAUAAUCAUGCUAAAUGGAUUCCCGUUGAUUUUCCAAAAUAUAUAUUUUCUGAAAUAAUGAAUUCAAUAAAACAUCAUAAUAGUUAUUUAAUUAUUGAAUUACUUCUUGGUCAUCUUGAAAAACAUUUUCAUCAACAAGAUACAGCUAAUAUAAAAACAUCAAUUAUGAACGUUAUUCAAGAUUGUAUGGUUUUUGCUGCUGCAAAUACAGGAGCUGGGUCAACUAUGUUUACAGGCAUUUUACGACUUUUAAAAUUUUUAAGAAAAUCAUUUCAAAUACAAUGUUCAUCAAAUGGUAAUUCAUUAACAAAUAAUCAAGAUGAACAUGAAUUUCAAACAGCAGUUAUUAAUGGAAUAGGAAAUUUUGCAGAAAAAUUACCAGAUUUUCAAAUGAUGGAAAUAAUGCAAUUUAUAAUAACAUCAUUAGCAACACUUAAUCAAGGUUAUGAAGAAACAACAAAUGAUUCAAAAGAUGCUACUUUAAAACUUCAAUUACUUCUUCUUAAAACUGUAAAAAAAGUUGCAGCUACUUAUCAAACAGUUCAUCGUCGUGAAACAUCAACUCAAACAACAUUUCCUCAUCAGCUUUUUGAUCCAUUACUUAAAAUGUUGAGUGCACCAGAACCAGAAGUUCGUUUAAUUGUUUUAGAAAUUCUUCAACCAUUAGUCGAUCGACGACAAUAUGCAGAUAAAUUACACAAAAUAAAAUUACCAAAAGAUAUAUCUCAAUUAGAAUUACCAACAGAAACUAAAGCAAAUCGUCUAUUUGAUAUUGCAUUUAUGAAAAAAUUUGGUCGUCAAUUUCUUUCACAACUUUAUCAAUGUAUAUUAAUGGAUAAUAAUACAAAAGAUAUAUAUCAUGCUAUAUAUUGUCUUAUGAAUCUUGUUACACUUGAAGCUGUAGAUAAAGAUGUUCUUGUUGAUGUUAUACAUUUUUGUUUUGAAAUUCAAUCAAAAAUAACAAAAAUGUCUGAUUCAAAUGGAAAUUUACAUCAAUCAUCUCAAAGAAAAUUAUCACGAAUUAAUCAUAAUAGUAUACAUGCAUUAAUAGCAGCUUAUUUUAAUUUAAUGUCAAAAUUAAAUGGAAUUCGUGCAUUUUCUCAUCAUGUAGAUGACGUUGUUCAUAAACGUGAACGUCAUGCUCCAUAUUUACUACCUCCUAAUGCAUUUAAUUCAAAUAUUGAUGAAACAAUUCCAUAUCGUAUUCCAAAAGAUUGUUUAUUUUCUCAAGAAUCAGUUGCUAAUGCAUUAGAUGCAUCUGGUCAUGAUACAUCAAGAUUCGAUCGUGAAUUUCGUCCUGAACCAGGUAUGUUAUUUAUUUAUUAG